UUGAAGUGGCCCUUGCCGGGCAUGUCAGAUGAGUUGUCAUAAAUUCACAUAAGCACACACAGGGCAACGAGUAUUCUAAAUUGAGCUGCAGUUUUCAUUUUCAUUUUUUGUUCUAUUUUGACGAAACGGAUUUAGCCCAAUGGAUGGUUGCGCCAAUGACAUCUUAGCCCCCAUUAUCCUGGCGGUAAUGGUGGCCAAUGGGCAUCCCCUGACUCUAGACGAGAUCGCCGAUGGAGUGUCGGAGGUGAUCUACUCUCAAAGCUUCGGUGAGGGUAUGCUGGAGCCAAUUGGCGACGCUAAACAUAAUCAAAAGAGGUCUCACCAUAGGAUAAACAAGAUGGCAAAAUUGUGAAUGCAGUAAUACCCUUAAAAUUUUAAAUAAAUAAAGUAAAAGCUUU